UAAUAGAGUACCAUCACAUGAUCAAGGAGCCAAAGCUGAAAGUAUGAAAUGAAAUGGUGAUCUCAUUUAUAUUACUAGCAAUACAGCUCUUGGGAUAUCAAGUUCUUUGUUGUUUGGAGACGUUUCCAGAACAAAUUAAGACCAAUACAGUUUGUACAAACCAAACAAGUACAUGUACUGAGUCAUGUGUACACAAUCAGCUGUACUACGAUGGGAAUUCUACAAAGACAUACAAAUGUAUUGAUGAAGAUAUUUGGUCUCCCCCAGUUCCAGGAAACGGUUGUCUAGAUCGAACACCUGCCACAUUCUGGAUGAGGUUUGAUGUAGAGUACAAAACUACUGAAAUAGCCUUGUACUGCCUGGAUGCUCAUCGGAAAGCCUUGGAGGACAACCGUAAUAUCUUACAGCAACAAGUUUCAUUUUAUUGCAACAAUGUAUUAGUCCGUGUAGGGGAUAUCUCUAUCAACAGGACCGAGUCACGAACAAGUAGUUUCGCUAUAACAACAGUAUUUUACAUAGAGAUUGGAGAUACUUUAACAACAGAAUCAAACAAAGAUGCAUGUUCCCUGCUUUUACAGUUGAACGUUAAUUCUCAGAAUCUGUUGGUUUAUAGUGACACCCUGGUGUGCAGCACUGGUAUAUCCAGUAUUAACAAAAUCUCAGCCAGUGUGAACUCCGAUAUCAGCAGCUGUCCAGAACUACAUGUACUUGUAGUUGACAGCAAUGGAGACGAUUAUUGUGUCAUUGAUUUACCUGUACUUGGAGUUGAAUCCUUUACUUAUACUGCAAAUAUCAGCCAGGAUGUUACUCUAUAUUGUGAGCUGCUGUUCGGAAUCCAAGUUACCGGUCUGUAUUGGCAGCAAGACAAUCAAAACUUAACAGCUGCAUCGUUCAGUGAUAAAUACAGUAGUGUUACGAAGGAAAUUGCUAGUUUAACCAUUCGGAAUGUUACCUAUGCUGAUGCUGGGAUUUAUUCUUGUCAUGCUGUAAACUAUGUUGGAACUGGUAGCAGUCCAGAUAUACAAUUAAAUGUGAUAGCAAGAGUAGAAGAUAUUCCUGAUGUGCAUAUUCCUGAACCUAACUAUUAUGUGACUGCUGGAAAUAAUGUCACACUCAACUGCUCUGUGUCUGCUUUCCCAUCUGUACAUGAGGUGGUAUGGACAAGAAAUGUUUCUGAAAUGCUUGAACUUAUUUCUUCCGAUGACGUAAAAUUCCAGGGAAGUACUACAACAUCACCUUCACUGACUAUUAUGUUUGCUGAUAUAUCAGCUGACGGAAUAUACAUUUGUACGGCUACUAAUGCUGCGGGAACUGGCAGGAGUUCACCUACAAUGCUGCAUGUUUUAGGAGAUAAACCAACUGUUCAGAUCCCAGAGUUAAUAUAUACACCAAUACUAGGUAAUAAUGUUACCAUCAAAUGUAACUACAGUUCCGAUCCGCCAGCGACAAGUGUACAGUGGAAAUACAAUGAUUCAGGAAAUUUUAUUAACAUCAACUUAGAUGAGGAUCAAUAUUCUGGAAGUACAACACUAGAACCAUCACUAUCGAUCUUUAAUAUAAGUUUUGAUGACACUGGAGAAUACAUAUGUACCGUUGUUAAUUAUCUUGGAACAGGGAACAGUUAUCCUGUCACCGUGCUUGUUGUUGGAGAUCCACCGACAGUUGACGCUCUACCACACUUGUAUUCAACUAUACUUGGAACUAAUCUAACAAUGCUUUGUAACGUUAGUGGAAUACCUGCGCCACAGUCUGUUUCUUGGCUGCGCAAUGAAUCUUCAAGACUGACGUAUAUUCAGUCUAAUAGCGGAAAGUAUGGCGGAGGAAUCCUCACUUCGCCUUCGCUCACAAUAUAUAACGUUGAGGACACAGAUGAAGGCUGGUAUACAUGUUUGGGUACAAACCUGGCGGGUAGUAAUUACAGCGAACCUGUAUACCUCAAUGUUUCAGGAGAUGAGCCACAUGUACGGAUAGGUUCACACGAAUAUACUGUGAUUUAUGGUAGCAAUGCCACAAUGGAGUGUUUUAUCUCAUCUCAUCCAAUCGUCAUGUCAGUCCUUUGGCAACAACAUAACACGACUGGGUCCCUGGCCGAUGUUGAUACUGAUGAACAAAGUGUAAGGGGUGGAACCGUAUUGCAGCCAUCUUUAACUUUAACACGUGUUAAUUUUACACAUCGAGGGUUGUAUCGGUGUACUGCAACGAACCAAGUCGGGACUGGAUUUAGCAACUUUACAAAUUUAAUAGUCAUAGGAGAUAUUCCAAACAUUCAUGUGCUGAAGUCUUUAUACGACGUAAUAGUCACAAGUAAUAUAACACUUGCAUGUAAUGUUAGCGCAACACCAAAUGUCACAAAUAUCACGUGGCAGAAAGUUUCAACCAAUGAAACAACCGAUAUUGAAAUUGAUAAUGUGAAAUACGGUGGUGGAACUGUUAAUGAACCUUCACUAACCAUUUGGCAUUUAGAAAAUGACGAUGAAGGCUGGUACACUUGUACUGCAGAAAAUUUAGUUGGUAUUGGAACUAGUGAUCAGAUUUAUAUUAAUAUUACCGGAGACAUACCGAUGAUAACUAUACCACAGAACUCAUACGACGUUAUUCUUGGAGAGAAUGUGACAAUUGCCUGUGAGAUAAGCUCACAUCCACCACCAACAAAGGUUUCUUGGCAAUAUAAAGUAGCAGGAGAUUUUACACCAAUAACCAUCGACGAUGUUAGAUUCAGUGGUAGUAGUGUAGCCAACCCAUCUUUAACAAUUAGCUUUGUUACAUUUGAAGAUGACGGAGUGUACAUAUGUGUUGUUGAUAACUUUGUUGGUGAGGGUAAAAGCAAUUUGACAAUCCUCUCCGUAAUUGGAGAUCCGCCUGCUGUAUCUGUGAGUUCAACACUAUAUGACGUAGUCGAAGACGACAAUGUUACAUUACAAUGUAAUACUUCUGGUAUCCCGGAUGUUCAAUCCGUAUCUUGGCAUUUAAACCUUACAGCAACUAAUCAUAUUCAGAACAUGAUAAGAUACCAAACUGCAUUAGAACCGUCUUUAACAAUUUUAAGCGCAGCAUUGAAUGAUGAAGGCUUGUAUACAUGCACUGCAACAAACUUAGCUGGGACAACUCGGGGAGUACCAAUACAAUUAAAUGUUGAUGAAAAAUGUACGAAGUAUGUUCCAGAUGUUAGUCAUUCUGUUAUAGAUUGCACGUUUACCAAUAAUACCGGUACUUGUGAAAUCAAGUGUAACAGUGGCUUUAUGUUCAGAGAUGGUAGUGCCAGCAAAAUAUAUAAAUGCACAGGACGAAGCCAAUGGGUACCACCUCUUCCUAUGCCAACAUGUUUAGAAACAGCUCCAUCUACUUACACUCUUGUAGUAAACAUUAAAUACAGAUCAACUGGUAUUGCAUUAUUCUGCAAGACGGCACACAACCAAGCCAUUAUUAAUAACUAUGAUACUAUCAUUCAGCAGAUUUCAGUAUAUUGUAAUAAUGAGUUUGUAACAGUUGGACCAAUAGCAAUUAACAGCACCAAUUCAACGACGUCUAGUUUUGAUAUCACAACAACAUAUUUCAUUGUUGUCGGCGACUCGUCAACACCCAAGACAACAACUGAUGCAUGUGGACUGUUGAUAGAUAACAAUAUAAAGAAAAGUGACUUCUUCGUCUACGGUAGUAGCUUACAAUGUGACAAAGAAGAAUCUACCGUCACAAAAACAGACGGAAUUGUAGUUAGCAAAGAGUCAAUAUGUCCUGUUGGCUUUUCACUCAUUGAUGGAACAAAUAUAUGCAUAUCCGAAAUUCCACAAGUAGGUAGCACUGAUUCACAGUAUACAACUGAAGUUGGAAGCAACGUGACAUUGUACUGUGAUAUAAAAUCUAAUCUUCCUGUUAUAUCAAUCCACUGGCUGUUUACUCCAUAUGGUAAAACCGAUCAAGUAGCCAUUCGGACAAAUGACAGUCGGUAUACAGGAGGUACUACGCAGGAAGCGUCAUUGACCAUCAAAUAUGUUACUUUUGAUGACAUCGGAAUGUACAAAUGUUCCGCCAUAAAUGACGUCGGAGUUGGUAGUGGACCAAACAUGAUGUUAUCCGUCGUCACAACAGUUCAAGAUUUACCUAUUGUAGAAAUAUCGAAAAGCUCAUACGCUGUUAUACUUGGUAAUAAUGUGACAUUAGAGUGUAGCAUUACGUCAGACUUUCUAGUAUCGAAUGUUAAAUGGCAGAAAAAAAUUGGAAACCCAUUUGUAGAUAUAAUCAUUGAUAAUGAAAUUUACCAUGGUAGUACAGUAGGUAAUGCGAAUUUAGUUUUAACUGGUGCCCGGUUUAGUGAUAGCGGUGAAUAUAUAUGCACAGCAACAAGCUUCGCUGGAAGAGGGAAUAGUAACAUUUCAACCCUAUCUGUGAUAGGAGUACAGUUUGGUAGUAGUAUUGUGUUACAAUGUAUGAUAUCUGGUGCUCCAACAGUCACAGAAGUGAUAUGGUACCGUAACGAUAGUGGAAAUCUAAAACCGAUUGAUCCGAUGACUCCAGAUUUCAGUGGGUCGUUACCUAAUAUUCCUUCGCUUACCAUAAUAGUGGCACAAAGUAAGGAUGAAGGGUGGUACACAUGUACUGGUACUAAUCUGGCUGGAACAGCGUCUAGUGCUCCUGUUUAUCUAAAUGUAACAGCAAGUAAGUUUGUAAACCUUUAA